AUGAGCAGCGGAAGGGUGUCUUCUCUCUCUUUCACUUAUGCAGAUGAAAUAAUGCAGCAGGAAAUCCGGCCCCUCGCGGCAGUGGACAUCAUAGAACAACUCCACAGACAAUUUGCCAUCCUAUCAGGAGGCCGAGGGAAAGAUGGCGCCCCAAUCAUAACCUUUCCUGAGUUUGCAGGCUUCAGCGAAAUCCCUGAUGAAGAUUUCCUGAAUGUUGUCACCUACUUGACCAGCAUCCCCAGUCUGGAGGCUGCCAGCAUCGGGUUCAUCAUCGUUAUCGACAGAAGACGAGACAAAUGGAACUCCGUAAAGGCAUCCUUGACUCGAAUCGCGGGAGCAUUUCCAGGAAACCUGCAGCUCGUCUUUGUCCUUCGGCCAUCCCGCUUUAUCCAAAGGACCAUCGCUGACAUUGGCAUUAAACUCUAUAGAGAUGACUUUAAAAUGAAGGUACCGAUCAUCAUGUUGAACUCUGUUUCUGAUCUCCACGGCUACAUUGACAAGAGCCAGCUGACACGGGAGCUGGGGGGGACUCUAGAAUACGGCCAUGGACAGUGGAUACACCAUCGAACGGCCAUAGAAAACUUUGCCCUGACGGUGAAAACCACAGCCCAGAUGUUGCAGACCUUCGGGACCGACCUGGCGGAGACGGAGCUGCCCAACGAUGUCCAGUGUACGGAGCAGCUCCUCCACUCCCACACAGAGCAGCACAGCAAACUGAAGGCUGAGCUGAAGCUGGCGGGGAGCCAGGGGGGCACAUUACUGUCAUGCAUCCGAGAACCAGCCAGCAAGAACCCCACCAGCAAGCUCAACCCCGAUGAACUGGAAAAUGUCAUGACGGUGGAAAGGUUACUCGCUCAGCUGGAUGAGACAGAAAAGGCCUUUGACCAGUUCUGGACCAAGCAUUAUCUGAAGUUAAACCAAUGUCUGCAGCUCCGGCACUUCGAGCACAAUUUCCGAGAGGUUAAACUGGCCCUGGACAGCCUCAUGUGUGUACAGGCAAAAAUUACGAUCAUUGGGAACAGUGUGACACGUGUGGAACAAUUGCUGAAGGAGCGGAAGCAGCUGGAGGAGAGAGGCCAGGAGCCCUUGGAGAAGGCCCAGUCACUGGCAGUGACCGGUGACCAACUUAUCCAAAGCAACCACUAUGCGGUGGACUCUAUCCGGCCCAAGUGUGUGGAGCUCCGGCGCAUCUGUGAUGACUUCACCAACGAGGCCAAGAAGAAGUGUGACAUUUUGGGGAAGGCCCUGGAAAUGCAUAAGCAGCUAGAUGAGACCAGUCAGUGGUGUGAAGCUGGCAUCUACCUUUUAGCAUCCCAAGCCUUGGACAAGUGUCAGACACAGGAGGGAGCUGAGACAGCCCUGGGGGACAUCGAAAAGUUCCUGAGCACAGCCAAGGAGCACCAGUUGGUCAACCCCAAGGAAUUCUACAACCAGUUCAACAUGGUUCUCACCCCUGAAGUAAAGGAAAACGCAGACAAGAUCGUUCAGAAGCUGGAAGAUGUGCAGGAAAUGUUCGAGAGGAGACAAGUGAGCCUGAAGAAGUUGGCGGCCAAACAGACCCGGCCUGUGCAGCCCGUGGCCCCCCACCCAGAGUCUUCUCCGAAGCGGGCCUCCCCCAAAACCAACCGGCCCACCACCCUCGCUCCCAGUAGGAGAAUAUCUGAAGUUCCCUGUCCUCCCAAGACAGUCAAUGAAGCAGAGCUGUUGAAAAAGAAAAGCAUCAAGAAACCCAAAGGUGGGAUUAAGAUCGAAGUGAUGCAUGAAGCCAGUCAAGGUGGGUCCAGCAGAAUACUGGUGAUGAGUGAAAGUGAAGAGAACCUCUCCACUAGGAGGAGCCACAUCAUGCAUGAGCUGAUUGAGACAGAACGAGUUUAUGUUGAGGAGCUUCAAAGUAUAAUUGAGGGUUAUGCGGCAGAAAUGGACAAUCCAGACUUAAAUCACCUGAUCCCAGUUGCCCUUCAGAACAAAAAGGAAAUUCUCUUUGGAAACCUCCAUGAAAUCCAUGAAUUCCAUAACAGAAUUUUUCUCAAAGAACUGGAAAACUGUGUUGAAAAUCCUGAAUUUCUCGGCCGGUGCUUUCUAAAAAGGAAAGAGGAUCUUCAAGUCUAUGAAAAAUACUGCCAAAAUAAGCCGCGGUCUGAAACACUAUGGAGACAAUGUGGAGACAGCAUAUUCUUUCAGGAAUGUCAGCGCAAGUUGGACCACAAACUCUCCCUGGAUGCAUACCUCUUAAAACCAGUCCAGAGAAUCACAAAGUACCAGCUGCUUUUAAAGGAGAUGCUAAAGUGUAGCAAGAAUUCAGAAGACACAGCAGAGCUGGAAGAAGCCCUGGCCACUGUCCUAGAUAUCAUCAAAUCAGUUAAUGAUUCCAUGCAUCAGAUCGCAAUCACUGGCUAUGAGGGAGACCUUCACGAGCUGGGCAAGCUGCUGAUGCAGGGCUCCUUCAGUGUCUGGACCGACCACAAGAAGGGUCACAACAAGGUCAAGGAUUUGGCCAGGUUCAAACCCAUGCAGCGGCAUCUCUUCCUCUACGCCAAGCUCCUGCUCUUCUGCAAGAAGCGAGAGGACAGUGUGGAUGGGCACGAGAAGUCUCCCUCAUACAGCUUUAAAAAUUCUCUCAAGAUGGGCAUGGUUGGCAUCACAGAAAAUGUGAAAGGAGACAACAAGAAGUUUGAGAUUUGGUAUAAUGGUCGGGAAGAAGUGUACAUCAUUCAGGCAUCUUCAGUAGAAUUGAAAAACCUCUGGGUUUCUGAGAUCCGAAAAGUCUUGACGGGACAACUGGAAGCCUGUAGAGAAGCAAGUCAGCUACACCAAAGAAUCACAGAGAGCGUCUACCAUGCCCCUAUGGACACAUCCAGCUCCUCCAGGUACAGCAGAAAACCAGCAAGUAUUUAUGAAACCAAGCCUGAGUUAUCAGGACUAGAAACUUCUGCCAGCAGGAACCAAAACCCCAGUCCCAACAGCACCAGGCAAAAGCGAGAUCCUGAAGCUAAAGAGAAGGAUGUCACCAGGCGCUUCUCCCUGGCCUCCUCCCUUGGCACCACAGCUCCCACCCCCACUGGCCUCACCAAAGGUCCUCUCGGUCCUGCGGUUAAAGUCAAGAGACAUGAAAUAAAGAGUGACCCAACACCUCUCGGGUUUGAAGAUGCUUUUGAGAAUUCCAUCCUGGCCCAGACUAAAUGCAGUGGCAGACCCAGCACCAGAACGGUACCCAGAUCUGCCUCCCAGACAGGCUGGCCCAGCAGGCAACUUCCCUCAAUGGAUACCUUUGAGGAUUUUGAAGUCAUCCCCUCCAGUACAGAUGAACUCUCCAACUCUUCAGACUUGGAAGAAGACACCAGCACCCAUAAUGUGUCCGGCCUUUUCCGAGUAGAGGGCAGUUAUGAAACCUGCUCCCCAGACUCUCUCACCCUGGAGGAUGGUGACUUGGUGCAGUUUGUACAGGAGGGAGAAAAUGGACAAUGGUUAGUAAAGAAAUUGGUUUCUGAGAAAAGUGACUGGGUGCCCUCCAGUCUUCUUCAUCCUGCAGGUGUAGAUGGUGACCAGGUUCAGAAAAAUAAUAACACAGAAACAUAUCCCGAUUCCCAUGAUCCAGGGAUAACAGACUCAGAAAGGAAGAACAAACUUGUGCAAAGACUGUCGGCUGCCCAGAAGGCUGAGAGCUGAGCCUGCCUGCCCCUCUGCCUGCUCAGGCCAUCUCCUCCAUCCAUCUCUUACCUUUGGUUUUGCUUUGGACAUUUUACUCCCCCUCCCCCCACCCCACUCGCAUCCCUUUUCCCUGGACACUGAGUCUGUCCAGACUUUCUGGGAAACUCCAGACUCCCAGAUCUACUGGAAUCACUCCAUCUGGUCAAUAAGUGGAAGCAAAGGAAGUCUUUUUCAGGAUUCAAGACAAAAACAAAGGCCUCCUAAUUGUUAGUGGGACCAUCCAAGGACGUUGUCCUAAGUUUGGUCAGCCACCAGUGAUGUGUUAGCCAGGGCCUGACUGUUUGGCAAAACCUCUGGAAUCAAAUCAAUGGGGGCUGAUCACCGCCCUUGGGAACACCCCUUUUCCUCACCCAAAGUAUCAAUGAUGUCCCAUCCUGUGUUAUGAUUUCUCAACAAAGGUGUUCCUGAGAAGCAGGAGGGGGCUGCAUGAGACAGGCCCUGCUCUGGGAAGGUGAGCCAAGCACAGGUGUUGACAGAGAGGGAGAACAGGGAAAUCACUAUCCAGAUCACCUGCCCAGUGAGGCUGGUUGCCCUCUGGCUCACUGUGGGGCAAAGGGAGGUAAUUUGGACAGCAACUGGACCUUUGCUUACCCUGGCGCCAAAGCUCAUCUAGGAUGACCAUUAGCAAUGAGGUCAAUGACCCUGCUCAUACUUGAGGCUAGACCAGGUUUACAUUUGGGGCCUCUUCAGUGUUUCCCCUUACGAGAGGCUGACCACUAGUCAUUGUCCUCACCAGUAUCACCCAGUGACAUCAGGACUCAGCCUCCUCUUGCACUCACAUGCCUGUUACUGAAGUGUGGGGGAGUGGAGAGGGAGGAAGCUCAUCUGAUAGGAAUGUAUCCCAUACUUAUUCUUGUGCCCUGUAUCUGGAGGGGGCAAAUGGACCAUAGAUCCCAAACUGCCCUUCUACCUGGAGAAGCCUCAUGGUGCUAGGGAGUAUGUGCUCCUAUGUCUAGGAAAGGAAGACUUCAGCUCUCAUGAAAAUAAUGUCAUUUACAGGAAACCUGCCUGGAAGGUGUGAUUCAAUGGCAAGAGGGGGAUGUAGGGAAGGGAAGUAAACUCCAGGAAGGAUUUUUAAGGACUCCUGAUAGACAUCUCCUGCUCAUUCUUCCUCUCUCUCCCCAACAGCCCUCCAUCUUCACUUCAAUAAGGUUCCAUCCACUGCUCUCCACAAAGAGAUGGAUGGGCCCCAUAGGACAGGCAGGGGUGUGGGGAAGAGGCAGGGUGGCCCUUUGUUAUCCCAAAGAAAUCAUCCUCACCUGUGAUCACACUAGCCUUACCUGGCUCCAGCUCAGAGACGGAAGAAUGAGGCUCAGCAGGAGUCAUUCAUAGGCUCUAUUCACAGUGAGCCAAGGAGGAGGGAAAUAGCCCUGAGCUAGUGAAGCAGAGACUGAUGGGAAACUUGUUGAUUUCCUGAUUUUCUGCCUUGGAGAAUGAUCAGGAAUUGUUUUUUUAUCCCAACUAGGCUCACAGACCCUCAGCAAGAAAUUAGAGGGCACAUCCAGCUCCACGGGAGAUGCCCCAAUAUGGCAAGUCAGACAGUCCUCCGGUCUCCUGGCUAUAUUUGGCAACCUAGUAUCUCUUCUCUGCUAUCAUAGGCCAAACAAAGGCAUCCCCAAACUGCCCUUGACCCAACCGUUGGUGUGUCUGUUUUCUAUCCAGCUCAGCUGUCUGAUAUAUUUGAAUGAUUCUAUGCCAGGAGAUGCCACUCGGAUAUAUUUUUGGUCGUUGUAGUGGCGGUGGCAGUACUCUCCAGCUUAGUAACCAAUGACUUCAACCACCUCAUCCCUUCCAGUCCCAUGGUAUACAACCCAAUGUGAACCUAACCAAAAUUCAGUUUCUCAGAGCAGGCAAUUUUUGCCACCCGAAUUUGGAAAGCACCUGAGUUUUGGGGAGACUGUAAAUUAAGUCACAUUAGUUUAUGAACACUCAAAUGCACAGAGACACAGGGACAAUUUGUCAUUUGUCUUUCUGGGCUUUCACACUCUUCCUGGGGAGCUGAGCAGAAUUCUUCCUGAGUAUAAGCAGAUGAAUUUGCCCUAUAGAAUAGUAUAAGGUGAGAAUUUACUAGAGUUGAAUACAAGUACCAGUUGCAUGCUCUAAUCAUUUGAGAAAGGAAAUAGCCAUGUGAGGGAGAGAAAGGCUCUGGGAAAUGAUGAGAGGCCAGUUGGGAGGUGCCUGCAAGGACUCCCAGACUUCUCCUUUGAUCUUGCCAGUCUAUUCCUCCCAUAUGUGGGUUGGGGAAUUAUUGGUUCUUUCGAGACCCAUAUUCCCCCAUGCCAAAAUCUGCACUUUCUAUUUGAUGAGUAUAAAGGCCAAAAAAUAUUCCUUCCCACCCUGAGUCGUCUGGAGUCUCCUCCUAAGAGGGUACACUCCAGCCUCUAGUCCACAGUCACCUCCCUGACCUGGACGGGUUUUUCCCCACUCAUCCUCCCUUCUCUCACUGGCUGCUGGGAUGACCCCAGAAACCACUUGGAGAGAGGGAGGCUUCCUUUCCUUUUUUCUAGAGGACUCAUCCUGCUUUCCCCAAGAUCUCUUCAGCUUAAUGGAAUGCCUGGCUGGCCACCACUUCUCUUGAAUCCCCAAGUUUUAUGAAAAUAGUUGGACCAAUCUGAAGAGACUUCAAAGAAAUAAGUCCAAUAUUUAUGACUAGAUGUUUUCUAUCCCUCCUGUAUCACUGAAUGUUCUGUGUGAUUCUAUUGGGAUUCUCUCUGUAAUUAGUACUUAAUGCCCCUGUGUUAGUGCAUGCAUCUCCCCGGUGGUGGUGCUCAAGGCCCCUUCUUAGCCAUUAUUACUGAAACUGCAGGUCUGUGAUUUUCAUUUUUCAAAAUCAGUCUUUUUCUGCAAACCCAACAUUUUUUUCAGACUCAGUUUCCCCAUCUCAGCAGAUUUCUGGACUUUGACUCAACUGCUUUGUCUUUCAACCAUUCUAAGCUUUCCAUCUUCUAUAAUGGCUUGUUGGGUUGUUUAUUUUAAUGUAGAUUGGCAAGAAACAUUUUGUUUGUUGCCAGAAGGGGCAAAAAAAUGUCAGGACUCUGUGUCUCAGCAGGGCUUUAAUGUAUCAGGCUUUAGAAAAUGUGGAGAGAGGUGGAAGGAGGUGCUGUGGGGUGGGGGUAGGGUGGAGCCAGGCCUCUUGGGCCCGGAGCCAGGCCUCUUGGGCCCAUAUCCAGGAGAGACUGCUCACAUUUCAGAAGAACUUCAUUUUCACCUUCCCAUUCUCUCCUUUCUAGCCAUGUACAAGGGCAAUUCUUUUCUCUCUGGCACGGAGAAUGCCUUCAGAUAACAAGGAAGUCUUCAAGGACCUCCAUGGAAUGAUGAUGUUAGAUUGGGGGUGGGGGAAGCUGGGAGGGUUUGUAAUUAUUAAAUAAAGGGUCUGGGCGCUGCUCUGUUCUAUGUCAUUCUGUUCACCUUUGCCAGGACAAUCUUUUCUGCAGUGUGUUAUUUUCCGGUAAACAGGGAACUAUUAACUAGUGCAUUACAAUCCACACACUGUGCAAACUGGCAUCAUGAAAUGCCAGGUGAGAUGGCUCCUCUGUAAGCUCUCCCACCCUCAACCAAACCCAUGGGCCUUCUCCCACCACUAGCCAGCAGGCUCGGCCACUUUGCACUCUGCCCACAAGCAAGAGAAAAGUCACUUUAGUAGCUAAACUUUGUUCUAAAAUGCUCCAAGGUUUGGAACAGGUCCUGAAGGAGAAGGAUCAAGAAGGCUUAUGCCAUUUGUGAGUCCUUUGGCCAAAGUGUGAGGUUGUCAGAAGGACAAUCGAGGACCCCAAGAAGCUGUGGGUGGCUUAUUGAAGUCAGCCUUCCAUUAGUCAGAAACCACCUCACCCUGAGGACUUGUCUAAACCACUGACACUUGCAAAAGUUUGUGAUUCUUUUGUUUUUUUUUUCAUUGUUGAAAGAUGAAGUUAUUUAUAUAUUGUUAUUGGGAAGAGGAUCAGACAGGGGCCAGAGCUCGGAAUUCUGCUGUUAAGUUGUCUGAUUGUUUGGGCUGAAUUUGCUUUGUUUGGGGUUUGUUUCAAGUUUGGAUUUAGGGGUAAUUUUUUUUUGCCAGAAUUGAAUGUAUGAGUUUAUACCUUAAAAAAAUGUGUGAAGCCAAUUUUUCUGUAAAUAUGCCAUGAUGUAGGACAAUGCUUUGUUUGGACUUUAUAAAAAUGAUACCUACAGUAA